AGACAGUCGUAAAGUGUACAAUGGUUUAUCGCCAGUUUUUGUUCACCCUAAUAACAAAAUACUUCAUAUUUAAACAAUAAUUGUCCUUCUUCAGUCAGCGGGAAUCACGGCUGGAUCUUAAUACCCAGAAUUCACAGCUUCUCACACGAGUGAUUCAUCCGAUAAUUUUCAGACAUAAAAGCGGGUAAAAAUACAGAUGCACAUAAAACAUUCAUACGGAUAUUAUUAGAGGAAUGCCAAAUUUGGAAACGUUAUUGUGGGUUACAGUACACGUAUCAUGGGUUAUAAAGUACUGUCUUAAGAAACAUUAUGGGACUUUAAUUACUGUUGGGAAUUACAAAUAUUCAGGUAAAUACAGGGAACACACACUGACGGAUGUUCUUCUUCAUGAAAAGCCAGGGUAAAAGAACACAAAAGUUUCAAAAUGUAUAGCAAGCCAAAAGGUUUAUAUGUUAAACAAAGAGAUCGACCAGUUCGCAGACUCACACCAAGAUCCUCGGAAGAAUAUGAACUCGGAAGCCCACGAAGUGAUCCAGAUGGCAGAAAUUCACCUGAAGUUCACGUUGAAAACUUUGGUGAUGGUCAGAUUAAUGCAGGUGUCGAACCUCUCUGGCCUCGUAAAGAUUUUGAAAGAGACGACAGCAUUGAAGGAUGGGUAAGCAGUGAACCACGUCCUGGUACAUCGACGGCUACAGGUAAAUUUCCAAUAAGAGCACAACAGUAUAUGGUGGAAAACAAUUCAUACCAAGACCUUACAAGGACUAAGUAUAUCACUGUUCCAGAGCCAAAUAUACCUAAAGGUACAACGAUUGAAAAACCUGUAACCAGAAGAAGUGUACAUAAUAGUGUUCGAAGCUUUACGCAAGUUGUUGACGAUCCAGAUUUCCCACUGGUGUCUACCCAACCUGAAAAACAAGAAAAGCCUGCCGCACGUGUAACAGGCACAAAUCUUACAAGGACUAAGUAUAUCACUGUUCCAGAGCCUAAAGGAACAACAAGAGAAAAACCUGCUACUAAAAAAAGUAUACAUGGCAGUGCUGGAAGCUUAACGCAAGUUGUUGACGAUCCAGAUUUCCCACUGGUGUCCACCCAACCAACACAUGCAAAGCCUGUCCCACGUGUAACUGGCACACAUCGCGGGCAUCCUAAUAAAGCUGUCUCCAGGGCCUCAGCUAGACACUCUCAUAUUGCUACAAUACGCAUUAACCCCAAGCAUCAUACUCUCAAAGGAGUUAGAGGACACAUGGCUACAGUAAAGGCCAUUCCGAGGGACGGAGCCGUACAUACAGUAAAAGGAUAUCAUUUCGGACAUAAUGCUACAGUAAGGGCACAUAAUACAGGACAUGCUGUAAAGCACUUAAAACAUGCAUUAUCAUCCUGGGAUAAACCAGAUGGGACAUUUAAAAGAAAUACUUACGCAGGGGAUAGAAAAGAGUAUUUCAUAAAUCAGUUUGCUAUAGAACUCGAUCGCUCCGACUCUGAAUCGUACUCCCCAGGUGACGUUCUUUCAGGACGAAUAAUCCUUGAAGCGCUUUCAAAUAUAGAAAUUCGAUUUGUUGAGCUGUUAAUUGUUGGACUAGUUAGUGUUCAUUUUGGAAAGCAGAAUCCACAGGGGGAGAAAAACUCUCAAGAGGUUCUAGUUAGUAAACGAUCGUAUGUAAUGGGAACACCAGAUGGCAGGUGGAAUUCUGUUGUAACGGCAGGAAAAUAUGUGUCACGUUUUAAAUUCAAACUUCCGGAUAACCUGCCUUCUACAAUCACAUACGAAAACAAGGAAAACGGAUUCGCAUUUGAAGUAGGAUAUCUUGUGAAAGCUAGAAUCUGUGAUGAUAUGGGCUCUUCAUCAUUGCGAAGUACUCACUCAACAAAUAACUAUGUCAAAGUGCUUCUGACUAGACGGUUUCCUUUCAUGGUGCGGAGUUCAUUUGACAUAAAUGCCAUGCCCAAGGCUUUGGAACCUGUGAACCAUUCAGAACUAAUUAAUGUGAACUGUAUUCCUGUGUUUACGGACUCUGCCGCAAUUACACUAUCCUUAGAUCGUUCAGUAUUCCUUGCAGGAGACGAGAUCCGUGUCAAGCUUAUCACAUCAAGCAGCACAGCACGUAAAAUAAAAUCGCUGACCUGUGAUCUGCAACAACGUGUGCUGUCCUCCGUGAGACCCCGACAGACAUUCACAGUCGUGCAAAUUUAUGAAGACGAACCACAGGGUUUACAGGUUAAACAAAAAUCGCAAAGUCUGGUACUGUUUGAAUUUGUCAUCCCAACUCAUUCUAACUUUAUUCCUUCAUACCUGACCGGAGUAAAAAUGAUCAAAGUUUCUUACACUAUCAUGAUGACCAUUAAAUUCAAAACAUGUUCCGGAAAGCUGUUCUUAGAAUGUCCGAUUGGAAUUGGACCAAGUGCCGAUCCGCUGAAUUUAAACCAGACCAACGCUGUUCCGGUUUUCAACCGACCUAUCCGUUUCCCACAUUUCUCUAGAGAUAGUCAGGUGACUGCUAAAACUCAAAAUGGGACUGCACAUUCUGGUGGCAAUACAAAGCAGGUCAAAUCUGUCUACAAGACGAAUAGCAGCCAACUUCUUUGUUGCUGUAUAGAUGAAAAUGACCUGUAGAAGUAACAGUUGGGUACCAUGUAUACAUGUAUUGUGUAGGUUUACAUAAUUAUGUCUAUUUCAGAAAUCAUUUGGAAAAUUUAUAAAUUUGAAAAGCGCAAUUUCUUCCGACCUGCAUUAAAUUAGCUGACAUUCAGAAUUCCUUUACAAUAUCUUGCAAACAUUGAAAUAGAAAAUCUGAUAUUACUUCUAUUGAAAAUAAGUCAAAUUAUGGAUUUUCAUUUUUCUAUUCUUUUGAAAAGAAAAUAUAUUUAAACAAUAAACUUUCAGACCAAAGCUGACAAUUUUAAGAUUCUCAACUACCGUAACGGCUUUCUAAUAGUUGUCAUUUUUUGUAAAUAGUGCUACCCAGUUUUGAGUAACUGAAAGUGCCUUCUAAUUUCCUGAAUUUUUUCAAAUAAACCUUGCAAUGGCCUGCCCGAAAACUGUGAUAUGUGGUUAUGAGGUCUUGAAUAACUGCAGCAUAAUCUAGAAUUCUCUACAUACUGUAAAAUUAUGAUAUUUUUGCCAUGAUUUUUGCAUGGCUAAUUCUGUACAUCUAAAACUGAAACUGGUUUGCAAAAUUCCGCAAACUUCUUAUACAUACUGGACUACAUGUUUGUAGAUAAAUUAUAAUUCUUUCAUCAGUAUUUAUUUUACCGGAAUACCCACAGUUCACAUAAAUAGGAAAAGUAAAUCCAUCGUCUUGAAAGUAGAUUUACAUAUGGAAUUUUCGUAUUGAUUUGGUAACAAAAUGCGGACAUACUAUUGUAAGUAUUUUUUCAAACAGAAAGCAAAUAAUGUGUUUGUCAUGACAAAUACAGUUCUAACUUGCUGACAAAGCAAUUCUCACUUUAAUGCAUGAAAAAUAUCUUGAGGUUGAUGAGUCCAAUUUAAGUUAUAUUAAACCCAAAUGGCAUUAUUUAUUCUGUUAAAAAAAUUGAAGCAGUUUUUUGUUUUUUGCCAGUUACGUUUUCAAAAAAGGGCUCGACAUUCCUAGCUCUGACUGACAAAUCAGUUGAUAUCAAGUUAACACUAUAUUUCGUGCUUUUUCGCAAAGGCUACUAGCGACAUGAACUGGUACGAUGCUGAUUUUCAGUUUAUAGGGAUUUCAGUCUGUGGAUUGAUGUGACCAUACAACUGACUUAUUAACCUUUAGCCUGUUAAAUUUCUAAAAUGGACUGGUCCAUCAUUCAAUUUGGGCAAUACCAUUUAUUAAUCGAAGGGGUGUUCACUGAAAAUUUACAGACUGAAUAGCGAACAGUGCAGACCAUGAUCAGCCUGCAUGGACAUACAUGCUGAUAUUGGUCUGCAAUGGUCGCAAAGGCAAACUCUUAAGGCAGAAUCACUUGCCCCCAGCAGGGUAAAAGGUAAUAAGUCCUACAAUGAAACUUAAUGACUUCAUAUGAAUGAAUUGCUUGCUUUUAUAUUCUGCUUAGCUUAACAAUUUUAUUGUUACCAUAAUCUUGCAAGUAAUGUUAUCAAUCUACUGUAUUCCCUGAUACAAAUAAGUAUUCCCUUUCUAGUAAAUGCCAGAGCCUCCCACUUUCCCCACCCCCUCCUCCCACUACCUUCACCCCAUUUUUUUCCAGAACAAUACAAAGAAGAACUUUUGUCUGCUAUAUCAGAGGUGAAUAACUUAUUAUGAAGCAGAGAUAGGAUUGAAUUUACUAUAUACCCCCUGCCCAACACCCCAAUAAUAAACACCUCUGGGAGUGCAAUGUAUGGUAUUUCUACUGGGGCUCAAUUUCGAAAAGAAAAAUGUUUUAAUUCUUUUGUUAUUAAAAUAUUACUACUCACUUUGCAAGUUAUGUUUUAUCUCCCUUUAUUUUGUAAGUAUCGCUUUUAUUUCAUCCUAUCAUGCAAAACAUAUUUUCAAUCUCACUUUAUGUACUUCCUUACCUCCCUUUAGCAAUAAAAUUCUACUUUCAUUAGGUCUGAAUUUGUAUUGUUUCUCCUCUUCGCAGCUACCUAUAAUUUUUUUAGUUAAAUGUACACUGUAAUUCCUAACUCUUUGUGUUACAAUUUGUUAGCUUUAAAUAUGUAUUUAUUGUGAUAAUGCAAAUAUACUCAUUUAUAUUUCCAUCGCUACUGUAGAAAAUUAUCUAUAAAAAGUAGAUUUUGUAGUUUAAAUGGUAUUAAGGGCAAAAUAAAAUGUGUUUCCUUAAAA